AUGCUAGUAGCCAGAGGGCUACUCCUGGUAAUGUUAAGCAGCUCGUUAAUAGUUGCUUUUCUCAAUAGCCCGGUGGUCGCCUUCACUGGACUUAAGAACUGGUCCAGAAAAGCACUCUACAACAAAAUUGAUCUCUGCACCCAAUCUUGCUACAGCGAGAUCAUCCCAGGACUCUACCUCAGCAAUGCCAGAGCAGCAGCCGACAAAAAUGUCCUUAGACACCUUAACAUCACCCAUGUCCUCACAAUUGAAGCACAUCGCCUACCGAAGUCCACUUUCGAGGAUUCCAACAUUAGCACCCUCUUCAUUAGGGCCUACGACACUCCUCAAACCAAUCUGUUGCCCUACUUCCCAAUGGCCAACGCCUUUAUCAACGAAGGAUUGCAGAAAGGAAAUGUGCUCGUCCAUUGCCAUUUCGGAGUAUCCCGCUCAGCCACCCUGGUCAUCGCAUUUAUCAUGGAGAAGUACCAGCUAGGAUACGACCAAGCGUAUAAUUACGUGAGGCAACGGCGGAGGUUCAUCAACCCGAAUCCAGGCUUCGUCAACCAGCUCCGCGAGUAUGAGCGGCUCAGCUAUGACGUCAACGGACUCCAGAGACUCGAAGCCUACAUGAAUGUCAAUGCAAGGAAGCACAAGUACAAAAUCGCAUCACUCGCCGCCAUAGUGGUCGGAAUUCUUGUACCAGUCGCUGUUUUGGUGGGUUGA